AUGGCUUCCAUUGAACAAAGUAUGAAGCGUUCCUUUUCUGACAGUCAAAAAAUUCUUAAACAUGCAGAAACACAUAAUUCGAUACCAUUAAAAUCAUUAACUAUAACUAUUGAUCCCGGUGAACAAUCACCGAUUCUUUCUGAUCGAUCAUCAACAAACAAUAUAAUCAAUGAUGAAUAUAAAUCUGAUUCAAAAUUGCCUAUGAAACGAAGAUUUGCUAGAACAUUAUCGAUAGCUUGUGUAAGUUAUCGAUUGACAAAGAGAAAAAAAUUACAUCAAAGAUGUUGUCAAGUAAAUGAUAUCAUGUGUGUUGUUGGCUUAUUGGGUAUUAUUUUAAUGAUUGUCGAAAAUGAAAUAACUUUUAUGCAUGUCGAUCAUCAUGAUAAUCUUGCAAGUUGGAUUGUCAAAUUGAUAAUAACAAUAUCGACCAUAAUUCUAAUUAGUCUUGUUAUCUAUUAUCAUUAUUUAGAUAUAAGUCUUUAUUGUGUUAAUAAUUCUAUUGAAUACUGGUUUGUUGGAUUGACACGAAGAAAAUUAGGUCUAAUGAUUUUAGAAAUAUUACUUUGUUCUAUUCAUCCGAUUCCUCGAUAUUUUCCUAUUGAUGUAUAUUCUGAAAAUGAAAAAACGAAUUCAAAUUUAACAAUGACUAAUCGUUCUACACUGAUUUCAAUCUCUUUAAAAUAUAUUCCUGUUGAUGUUGCACUUGGUUUACCGAUGUUUGGUCGUUUGUAUAUGUGGUGUCGUUUUAUUACAUUUCAUUCCCAUUUGGUUCAAGAUACAUCAUCACAAGCACUUGGCUAUCUCAACAGAGUAUCAAUUGAUUUUUUCUUUGUUAUUAAAACUUAUUUUCAACAAUCUCCAACACUUUGUUUGGUAAUAUUUUGUACAAUUGUCAUUUUUAUUGGUAGUUGGUCAUUGCGUGCAUGUGAUUUUACAUCGGUCAAUGAACAUAUAUCGAUAUUCGAUGCAGUAUGGCUCUUUAUUGGACCAUUUACUACAGUGGGUAUGUUUCGAAUCGGAAUAGUUCAACAAGAAAAAAAAAGUAAAAUUCUAUUACGUUUUUCAGGUUAUGGAGAUUUGACACCGGCGACCUAUUGUGGACGAGGUGUAGCUGCCAUAGCAAGUACGAUUGGUAUUUUGGUUGCUGCUCUACUUACAGCUGUCGUGGCAGAAAAACUUGCCCUAUCUCGAUGGGAAAAAUAUGUUCACGAUUUUGUUUUAAAUAGUGAACUAGCCAAACAACGUACGCAUCAAGCAGCCAAUGUUCUUAUAUAUGCAUGGAAGAUGUGGUAUUUAAAAAAAAUGAAUAAGAAACGAUCAAUUCGAUACAUAACAGUACAACGAAAAUUUUUCGAAUCCAUCUAUGAUAUUAAAAAAACUAAAGAAAAACAACGAAAAUUAACCGAUAACUGUGUAGGUCUAGCUGAAAUAAUGAUGAUUCAUCGUGAGACAAGUAUAACAAUUGAUGAAACCGUUAAACAAAUGUCUACAAUGAAAUUGAAAAUGGAAAAUGUCGAGAAAAAACUUGAUAAUGUCAAUCAUACAGUACGAAAAAUGUAUAAAACAUUAAAUCAAUUGUCAACUCGUCGUAAUUUUCAUGACUGUUCAAAAUCAACAACAGCAAGUCCUAUAUUGAGUCGAAGAAUGUUAAAAUCAACUUCAAAAAGAAUCUAUUCUAUUCAAACUUCAUCAAAAUCUUUGAGAAUGAACGAAUCGAUAGUAUUAUCUCGAGAUAAUGGUACCGAUGAGGUUAUAACAGAUACAGUUAUCGACAAUGGUGCAUUAACAGAAGAUGAAAAUGAUCAUUUAAAUUAUAGUAAUGAAAUAGUUAAUGAAUUACAUCAAACAAAACGAACAACAAUCGCAACAAAAAAAGAUGUCCUGAAUUAUUUAACCAGACAACCAGAUGGAGGUUUUAAAUGCAAUUUGUCUACUGAUACUAAUAAAUUGUCAAAAUUAUGUUUAUUAUUAAAAGCAGCUUUUUAA